AUGUCUCAGCCAGCGGAGAUAAGUCAUCCAAGAAAAUAUGACUUCCCGGAGGUAAAGGGAGAUGGGGGGCGGCUCCGGGGGUGUGUGACUGAAAUGCAGCUGCUGACGGGGAAGAUUUUACCCACCCGCAGCCGCAGCUGCCCAGAGAGUGGGCAGCUGCCAGCCCUGAGCCCCGUCCUCUGCAUCCUCCUCUUCAUCCCCACCUGGGCAGCAGGUCUCACAGUCCUUCAGAGCCCCGCUGUCCUCCGAGCGUCCCCUGGCGAGACCGCGACACUCAGCUGCUCCUUCGAGAACAGACAGGGCAGCAUGGCCAGAGCGACCUGGACCAGAGGGCCUGGAGACGGAGUCGAACUGGAUUCUGCCCAUCCCUUCUACAGUGGGCGGCUCAAUGUGUCCCACCUGGAUCUGCUCCGGAAAGGGGAGGCCACGCUGACCCUGUCGGAGCUGGAGCAGCGGGACUCUGGUCUCUACCAGUGUCAGAUCAGCAUCCACCGGGGAGAGAGCGGGACGGGAGCAGGCACCGAGCUGCAGGUGACGGGGAGAAACCAGAGUGACACAGGUGAAGAACCUGCUCCCGCAGGGAGCUGCUCCCGGGAGCUCCUGUACCAGGUCGCCAUCGCCCUGGGGCUCCUUCUCAUCCUUGGUCUGGGGGCCACCCUCCUCCUGAAGAGACGCCAAGCGCCGCCCAACUCGCAGCCUCGCCGGCGGCAGCUGAAGGGCCAGGGCAGCCGGGAGGCCGUGGAGAGCGAGAGCCUGCACUACGCAGAGAUUACAGUCCAGAUCCCAGGACGCAGGGAACACACCUCCAACCACGCCCAGCGGCGCUGA